AUGUCGCAGGGCGACCAGGGCGAGAGUCGCCCCGUGUCGCACGGCGACCAGGGCGUGAGUCGGCCCAUGUCGGCGGGCGGGCGGCGGAAACCCCCCGCGGAAGGGGGCGGGGAAGUGUCGGAGCUGAUGGCGCGCUUCCAGCGGCACAAGCAGAGCACCAAGGACCCCCCAGGGCCGUCCUCCCCCCUCGCCACCCACCACGCCUCCCCUCAUCACCACCCAUCUCCACCCAUCUUCACUCCCCCAUCCCCCCAUCCCCCGCCCCCCCAGGCCACCAAGGACCCCUCAGGGCCGUCCUCCCCCCUCGCCACCCUCCGCGCCUCCCCCUCCAGCCCCUCCGCGCUCCCCCUAAACCGCUCCUCCAGCUGCGCCCUCCCCUCCUCCGCCACUGGGGGGGCCGCCAGCGCGUCCGCGCUCCCCUCGUCCCCCUCCUCCUCCGCCUCUUCCGCCUCCUCCACUCCUAAGAGGCGCUCCAGAGCUGCAGCGGCUGCUGCUGGUGGCGGUGCUGGUGCUGCUGGGGUUGGGGAGGCAGGGGCGGAACAACUGCAGCUGCCAUCCCCAUCCGCUCCUCAGAGCACGGGGAAGGAGGAGCGCGCACACAAGUCAAGUGGGAAGAGAUCCAAAGAGCAUAAGGAGGGGAAGGAGCAUAAGGAGGGGAAAGAGCAUAAGGAGGGGAAAGAGCAUAAGGAAGGAAAGGAGCACAAAGAGCACAAGGAGGGAAAAGAGGGAAAGAAGUCCUCAAGAAAGGAGGCAUUGGAGGAGAUGCGGGUGGAGGUGGAAUCACUCCGAGCCGAGCUGACCCGGUGGCAGGGCCGGUGCGAGGAGGGCGAGAGGACUUCUGAUUCAACCCAAAAGGCACUACGGGCCGAAGUGGCGGAGUGGCAGGGGAGGUGCGAGGAGGGGGAGAGGCAGCGAGGCGAGGAGAAGAGGCGCAGGGAAUCCGCUGAGGCGAGCCUUGAGGCCUCUCGGUCUGGCGCUGCUGCAGCAUUGGAGGCGGAAGGGGGUGUGGGAGUCGCGGGGAAAGAGGAGAGGAGCGAGAGGAGGGAUGAGAGGGAGAGAGAGGCGAGUCUAGAGGCGCGAGUGAAGGAGCUUGAGGAGCAGGUACGUGUGUCAGAAGCAGCACUGGCGGAAGCGAGUGAACGGGCAGAGAGGGCUGUGCGGGAGAGAGAGGAGGAGGAGAAGAGGGCGCUUCAGGUGGAGCAGGAGAGGGGGGAGGCUGAGAGGGCGAGGCGAGAGGCGGAUGAGAGAGCUGCAGAGGCAGAGGCGCGGGCGGUUGCAGCUGAACAGAGGGUGGUUGAGUUGGAAACGAGGGUGGGUGAGAUGGAACAAAAGGCAGUUGAGUUGGAAGAGAAGGUGCGUGAAGCAGAGGGGACGGUGGGUGAGGAAGGCAGGAGGAGGGCUGAGUUGGAGCAGAGAGUGGGGGACGCAGAAGGGAGAGCAGCCGCGGCGGAAUCGCAAGCGAGAGAGAUGGAGGGGAGGCUGGAGCAGGUGGUGCAGGAGGAGAAGAGCCGAGAGGAGAGGGAGAAGGCAAGGAGGGAGGGGGAGAGGGGCGAGUGGGAGGAGGAGAGGAGGGAGAUGGAGAGGAAGUGGGAGGAGGUGAUGCAGGAGGAGGUGGGGAGGAGAGAGGGGAGGAUCAGAAAGCUAGAAGAAAAGCUGAAAGCUUUGAUGGCAGAGCCCGAGGGAGAUGCAUGCAUGGCAGAGCAGGAGGGGGAAGAGGAGCGGGAGGAGGAUGGGGAGGGCAAGGGCAAUGGCAAAGGCAAGGGCGGGGCAACAGCAGCACAGGAAGAAGCAACGGCUGGUGUUUCAGAGAGAGGAGAUGGUGAGGGGGAGACGGUUGGCGUUUUCCUUGCUGGCGUGGGCUCUGCUGACGUGGCACUGCUGCAGCACAAGCUGGAGGUGGCAGUGGGCGAACUGAAGAGUCUGCGGGCGGCAAAGCGGGCGGCAGAUGCUGAGAUCAGCGACCUGAGGCAGACUCGAGAGAACACCAUCAGGCGAGUGGUGGAGUUGGAGGGGGAGAAGCAAGGGCUGGAGAUGGAACUGGAUGAGUUGGUAAGCGAGUUGCUGAGGGAGCAGGAGAUAGCAGCGGAGGCGGGCAUGGUGGCGGAGCAGGAGUGGCAGCGCCGCCAGGAGGCUGUCAGAGCGCUCGUGCAGAUGGAGAGACAGCUCAACAGUGCCGGCACUGGUGUUGCUGGCGCUGCUGGGGAGAACGCCCUAAUGGAUGCUGGUUACCAGGUUACCAAUGACUUGGGGCAUGCAGUUGUGUCUCCCCCUGGAGUUCUGGAUCCAAGAGCAGCAACGGUAGCGGCGGCGGCAGCAGCAACAGGGCCAUACCUCAGGAGGGGCCAAUCCGACGUGUCAGCUUUUCACAGGCGGAUUCCCAGCGGCUCCUCCUUCAAGUCCCAGCAGCAGCAGCAGCAGCAGCAGCAGCAGCAGCAGCAGCAGCAAGGGGUGCUGGAUCCCACCCUGCUCUCCGACAACCCUGAGGAAUCAGACUUCCUGGGCACGAAGCUGCCCGAGAUUAAGCGCCGCCUGGAAGCAGCAGCCAUCUCGCCCGCCCCCACGCCCUCCUCCUGCCCCUCCCGCGCUCCCGGGCAGCCUGGGCAGGUUGGGCAGGUUGGGAAGCCUGGGCACCGCAUGUCUCGGUCAGGAUCGUUCAGUGCUACGGCGGCUGCUGCGGUGGCAGCUGCGUUUGCAGGAACAGGGUCGCUGGCUGCUGCUAGAGCCAGGGCGGUGGGGGCCUCUCCUGCUGCCAGCCCUGGCGUGCUCCCUCCUACCCCAGCCCUUCCUCCUCCCCCUCCCGCUUCUGCUUCUGCAGCUGCUUCUUCUGCCGUUUCUGCUGCUGCGUUGGCGGCAGUUUCUGCUGUUACUACUGUGGCUUCUGCUCCAGCUGCAGUUGCCCUCUCUCCUUCUGCAGGUGCCGCUCCAUCUGAGACAACCACCUCAUGUUCUCCUGAUGCUUCUGGUCCCAUCUCCUCUUCUAUUCCCUCCAUCGAAUCCUCUCUCCCCGCCACCUCUCAUGCCUCCCUCUCUCGCCCCGCCCGCCCCUCCGGCCCGCGCCUUGUUGGGUUCGCCGACCCCUCCUCUCCCUCUCUCCCAUCAACCACCGCUGCACAUUCCCCUGACACACAAGCUGCCACCACGGGUGAUGCUACAGCAGUCACCACGGGUAGCAGCACAGGCAGCACCACUACCACUGGUGUUAGCACUGCCAGCAAUGCCACUACCGCCGCUGCUGCUGCUGGUGGCACUGCUAGUGGUAACCAGCAUGGCAAGCCCUUGGGCGGCAAGUCAAUGCGCUCCGCCCUGCUCGAGCAGAUGGGGGCGAGCGAGCUGGCCGACGAGCUGGCUGCCGCCCGGGCGGCGGCUGCUGCCGCCACUGCGCAAGCCGCCCGGGCAGCCUUGGCUGGCUCUGGCACCGGGGGCAGCGGAUUCAGCAGCCCGAGAAGCAGCGGCAAGACAGGGGCGGGUCAGAGCCCUUUGAGUCCUCGGCCGGGCAGGGACUCACCGCAAGACAGGCAGGGUAAGGCACAGCCGCAGGGACAAAAACACAGGCAGCAGACGCAGCAGGGGCAGCAGCAGGGGCAGCAGCAGCAGGAGCAGCAGGAGGUGUGGCGGCACCAGGCAGCAUUCAUCCACGUGUUGCUACAGCUGGCCCAGCGGGCUGUGGAGCGCAGUGAAGAUGCUGCUGCCGCCGCCGAGGCUGUUCUCUCCGCCACGGCGCGAGCCGAGGCCGAGAUGCGCGAGUGGGAGGUGGAGCGGCAUCUCUCGUCUGUGUUCGGCGAGAUUCGGCUGUUUAUGCGGCAGCAGGGGGUAGAGCCGGUGAGGCGUCAGGGGGCGGGCGGGGGAGGGAAGGGCGCGGGGGGUGAGGGAGGUGGGACUGGGGGAGGUGGUAUGUCUACCACCACAGGGCACACGCCUAGGGACCUGGCGCAGGUUCGGGACGAUCUGAAGGUUUUGGUUGGGGCGGUGGAGGCUCGGGCACGCGCAGCUGCGGUGAAAGAGAUAGGGGUGGGAGGUGUGAAGGAACGGCCGAGCCUGGUCGUGGGUGCUGCUGGUGAUAGCACUGCCUCCGACUCUGCUGCUGCCUCUGCUGCUGCCUGUGCUGCUGGCGGCGGUGAUGACGGUGAAAAGGAACCAGUUCACGAGCUGGUUGCUGAGGCUAAGACGACGCACUCCGAUGUACCAGCUGCACCUGAAGCAGCAGCCGCAGCAGCAGCAAAGCUCCCAGACCCGUCGAUCCCCACAGAAGCACGCGCACCAGUCUUUGGCUCCACCUCUGAGGCACCUCAGGAAUCGGAGCUAUGUGCGGCAUUCCCCGGGAGCAAGUCAAGCUGUGGGAUUCGAGAGGGUGAAGCUCCAGAGGACGAAGACCCAUCCACCUUCCUCACAGUGCCACUUACUCCCAUGCGCUCGCCCAUCAUCCGGGUAACCCGCAGCUCCUCCCUCCUCUCCCCCUCCCCCUUCUCCUCCGCCUCCCACCCCUCUCCCUACUCCUCCCUCUCCAACUCCUCCCCCUACUCAUCUCUCACCCAAUCUUCCCUUUUUACCUCCAACCUGCCUCCGUUUGCCCGUUCCUCCUCCACCGCGGCUCCCUCCCACAAGCCUGCGUUCUCACACUCCUCCUCCCUCGCCUCCCCCGCCCCCAGCCUCUCCCCUGCUGCUCUUGCCCCUCACAAAGCCGGUGCCGCGGCAACUGGUGCUGCUGCAGAGAGGGAGGGGGAGAGGGAGGAGGGGAAGGAGGCGGAUGGGGUGACAGUAGUGGCUGCUCCGUUUGACCUGCCUGAGCUGGUGAUGGUGGAAGAGGGAGAGGGAGCAGGUAAGCAGGAGGCAAGGCGCGUGGGUGUGCAGCAGCAAGUGGUGCUGGACGUGGAAGGGCAGGUGUCGGCUAUCGGAGACACCAUGGCGUUUCUCAUUAGCGGCUUGCAGGUGCGCGGCGACGGGGGAGAAGGGGAGGGUGGAGAGGCGGGGUUGUUGUAG